AUGGAAAACAGCUAUCUGUCGUUUUUGGCUCUCAAUUUCUCCAAAUCAGACCACCAAUCUGUACCGUCUGUCAUUACAACAAACGUGCAUUUCACCCUCUUAGAACAACACUCCCUUGGUGCUUGGGACAUCAUUGGUGCCGUUGCUAGAGAUAGACUCCUUGAUGGCAACGGCCAGCGCCUUGAAAGCACUCUCCGCUCUGUGGUGAUCGUUGAAACCCCUCAAACAGUCCACGUGGACCGUUAUUCUGGCAGCCUCAGUAAACGACUGUAUAACGUGAGGAAUCAUCUCGCAGCUCAAAUCACCGAUCUUCUCUCUCUUGAGACCCAGCUCCACAACGGCAUAAGGCCUGUUUGA